AUGUCAAGAGUAAAAGUUUUAGUUGAUAAUCAACUUGAUUCAGAAUUAGUUACAGCAGGUAAAAGAUUAGUUGUUGUAGAUUUUACAGCAACAUGGUGUGGACCAUGUAAAAUGAUUAGUCCAUAUUUCGAACAAUUAUCAUCAGAAUAUAAAGAUGUUAUUUUCUUAAAAGUUGAUGUUGAUCAGUGUAAAUCAACAACACAAAGUCAAGGUGUUAGAGCAAUGCCAACAUUUAAAUUCUUUAUUGAAAGAAAACAAGUUCAUGAAUUUAGUGGUGCUGAUAAAAAUCAAUUAAAAAGUUCAAUUGAAAGAUUACAACCACAACUUUCAUUUGCAUCACAAGGUAAUGCAUUGGGUGGUGGUGGGGGUGGCAGUGGAAAUAGUCGUCAAGCUUAUUUAGAUAAUUUAGAAAAAAAACAACAAGAACAACAAGCACAAUAUCAACAACAAUAUGGUAAUACUACAACAUCACCAACUGUACCAACACCAAUUACAUCAUCAUCAUCAUCAACAGCAACAAAGAGUAGACCACCAGCAAGAGCAACACAACCAGAUCCAAUUAUGAUGAAAGAUUUAAUAGAUAUGGGUUUUCCAGAGAAUAGAUGUAGAAAAGCAUUGAUUAUGGUAAAUAAUUCAAGUUCUCAAUCUGCAAUGGAUUGGAUUUUUGAAAAUAUGGAUUCUCCAACUAUUGAUGAUCCAUUAGAAGGUGAUACUGGUGCUACUACCACUAAAAGUGAAUCAACAACAACUACAACCCCAUCUACUACAAAUACUGAUGGUAGUACAACUACCACCACAACAACAACAACAACUACAAGUGAACAAAAAGAAUAUCCAACAACUGUUCAUAAUGCAUUAUGUGAUAUGUGUCAAAAUCAAAUCAUAGGUUAUAGAUAUAAAUGUAAGGUUUGCCCAAAUUAUGAUCUUUGUCAAACUUGUAAAGAUACAAAUAAACAUAAUCCAGAACAUGAAUUUGUGGCACAUGAAAAUGAUAUUGAAAACUAUCAAAUGACACCAGAGGAGAAAGCAGAACAAAAGAAAAGAUUAGAAGCAAGAAUUCAAGAGAUUAGAGUAAAGAAAGCCGAAGAAGAGGCUAAAAAAGAGAUUGAAAGAGAGAUUAAUCGUCGUCAAGGUGGUAAAUCAACUCAACAAGCUCUCACCAAAUGGCAAGAGGAUCAAUUAAAGAGAGAACAAGAAAAAGAUAGAAAAGAAAAAGAAGCAGAUCGUAUUGCAAAAGCAAAAAUUAAAGCAAAAGUUGAAGCUGAUCGUCUUGAAAGAGCUGCUAAAAAGAAUGCAACCCUAAAUAACAAUGUUGCCACCACCACCACCACCACCACUACAACUCCAACUCCAGUUCCAGUUUAUGUACCAAAACAAAACUAUACAGAAUCACUCAUUCAAAUUCGUCUUACAGAUGGUACCACCAUUAAAGGUACUUUCCCAUUAUCAACCAAACUAAUUGAUGUUCAUACUUUUAUUUCAAAUAAUACUUCUCAACAUGGUAAAUUCACACUUUCAAGUACUUAUCCAAGAAAAAUUUAUACAAACGAUGAAUUAAAAUCAAUUUCAGUUCAAGAUGCUGGUCUUGUACCAAAUGGUACCCUUCAAGUUCAAAAAUUAUAA